UCAGUCCAAUUCACAUCAGAUAUCACUGUCCUCUAUACGAUUUAUAAAUUAAUUCAGUUAAAUCGAAUUGAGCUUCGCCAUGGCUAUUUAUAAAUCAUUUAUAAAUUUGUUGGUGGCUAAAUUUUGACAAGUUUAUAUUAUAUAAGCCCAAAUCCAUAUCUACACUUUUGGAUAUGGAUGAACAGAUGCAGUAGAACCUCAACCUUCUCUAAAUGUUUUGAAAAACGACGCUGCUUAGUGUUUUUUGUAAUUCAUUUUGCCUGUUUAUGUAUACCUAUGAAAAUUUUCGAUUCUUUUUUAGAGUUCUGAAAUUUUCACAUUUCGCAGAAUAUUGUUCUCUGGCAUUGUUUAGUAACCGAAAUUGGAAAAUCAUUUGGAUCUGUAUCGACGGAGUUGUUUAGAAUUUAUAUUUGUAAAUUCAAAUGGCUAUGGAAGACAACGAGAGUUGUAGUAGUAGCGUGAUGGAAUCGGCGGCCGGUGGGAAAAGCCGGCAGCAGAGGAAGAAGGUGGAGGUUUACAAUGCGGUUUUGCGGCGGCUCAAGGAAUCAAGCCAUCCGGAGGCUCAGGAGCCUGCGUUUGACGAUCAACUCUGGGCGCACUUUAAUCGACUCCCUGCCAGGUAUGCGAUGGAUGUGAAUGUGGAAAGGGCAGAAGAUGUUCUUGUGCACAAGCGGUUACUGUACCUGGCACAUGAUCCUGCUAAUAGGCCUGCAUUUGAAGUCCGACUUGUGCAGAUUGCACCUAUCUCUGAUGGGACUUCAGCAGAUUCAGUCCAGUCACACUUACCUAGAAACGCAAGCGUCCAUCCACCUCCUGCAUUUGGUUCUUCUCCCAAUCUUGAAGCCCUUGCUCUCGAAGCAAGCACAUCAGAAGUGCAAGAUGGAGACAGUUCUGUAAAUGCUGGUGCCAAACUUUUCCGGCCUAUGCAUGAAAUUACUUUCUCAACAGAUGACAAGCCAAAGCUCCUCAGUCAGCUGACUUCUUUACUUGCUGAAGUUGGGUUGAACAUUCAGGAAGCACAUGCCUUUUCCACCGUGGAUGGCUAUUCUCUUGAUGUCUUUGUUGUUGAUGGUUGGCCAUAUGAGGAGGUUGAGCAGCUUCGAGUUGCAUUAGAAAAAGAAGUAUUGAAGGCUGAGGGACACUCUUGGCCACAACAGCAUUCUGUCUCGCCCCUUGGUGAGCAUGAACAAAUAGAGAUCAUAUCUGAACCUGAUCAUUUGACAAUACCUAGCGAUGGCACUGAUGUAUGGGAGAUUGAUCCUCAAGUUUUAAAAUUUGAGAACAAAGUUGCCUCAGGAUCCUAUGGUGAUUUGUACAAAGGUAUGUACUGUAGUCAAGAAGUGGCUAUUAAAAUUCUUAAAACAGACCGUUUGAAUUCAGAAUUGCAGAAAGAGUUUGCCCAAGAAGUAUAUAUAAUGAGAAAAGUUCGCCACAAAAAUGUUGUGCAGUUCAUAGGGGCAUGCACACGACCUCCAAACUUGUGCAUAGUAACUGAAUACAUGUCCGGAGGAAGUGUUUAUGACUAUCUACACAAACAAAAGGGUACUUUUAAGUUUCCGUCUUUGCUCAAAGUAGCAAUUGAUGUAUCGAAGGGAAUGAAUUAUUUGCAUCAGAAUAAUAUAAUACACAGGGAUUUGAAGGCUGCCAAUCUUUUGAUGGAUGAAAAUGAGGUUGUUAAGGUGGCUGAUUUUGGGGUGGCGAGAGUGAAAGCCCAAACUGGAGUUAUGACAGCUGAAACUGGGACAUAUCGGUGGAUGGCCCCUGAGGUUAUAGAGCAUAAACCCUAUGAUCACAAGGCAGAUGUCUUCAGUUUUGGGGUUGUAUUAUGGGAAUUGCUGACUGGAAAGCUUCCGUACGAGUACUUAACCCCCUUACAAGCGGCUGUUGGGGUGGUGCAAAAGGGUCUGCGGCCAAUUGUUCCAAAGAACACUCAUCCAAAGUUUGCUGAGCUACACGAGAGAUGCUGGAAGCAAGACCCAACAUUGAGGCCUGACUUCUCUGAAAUAACAGAAAUGUUGCGGCAAAUAGCAAAGGAGGUUGGAGAUGAUGCAGAGGAUAGACGCAAGGAGAAAUCAUCUGGAGGAUUUUUUUCGGCCCUGAGACGUGGACAUCACUAAUUCGUGAACAUCGUAACUUAUUUAUCUGUUCUUGGUUCAUUUAUUCUCUUAGUUAUGUCUGCUCUGUAUAGUAUAAGAGGAAAUCGUUGAUAAUUAUAUUUGGGAGUGACUAUAUUCCUCGUUUAACUCAAAUCUGGAGGAGGGGAAGAAGUUGAUGGUUUUGUUA